AUGCUGAAGAUCUACAACGAACCUGCGAGUGAAGAAUUCAGUGAAGUUGAUAGUGAACUUGAAAACUUCAUUGUCUCUGAUGAAGAGGAAAAUACCAAUGUUAUUCGAAGAGAUGAUGCUACUUUUAACAGUGGGCCAGUGCAACCAGCUAGUCAACCUGACCAAGAAGAUGGUGAAAUGUAUAAAGAUAGAAUAGUAGACAUGACCAACCAACUAAGACCGAAUGAAAGUCAAACGCAAAAAGUUCUUAAAGCACACAUAUCAGUGUUGGUUUCUGCCUUAGGUGGACCCGACUAUACAUCCAAUCAAGUCCCAGUCCCAUAUAAACUCGGGCAUGACGCGUUAGCAUGCUUAAAAGAUAUCAAGAGGUGGAUAAAAGCAGUUGAUGAAAGAACUAACACCUAUGACGUUGCACUUGCGUGUGCCGAUUCUGGCCUUUUGAUCAACGAUCUUAUUGUCAUCUUGUGCCAAUGGGAGCUGCAACAAGCAAAGAAAAAUAAACCAAGCCAACCACAGCACAAAGUAAGAACAAUGGAGAAAAUCAUGCUCUCAUGCCUCGAAUUAUUGGUGCUUCUCACUUGGCCUCUUGAACUAACCCCUGAACUGUCUGAUAGUCAAAGAAUAGCGUACCCCAAUUUAAAGAAGAUUCAAUUAACGUACAAAAAAGAAAUUCUAGCGUAUAAUGGAGGAUUGACAUUGAAGGCCGUGUUGAGACUCAUUUUACCAAUAAUUUCAAAACAAAGAAUCGAUAGAGAGCCUAGAGACAACGCUAUCAUUAGGAUGGCUUUAUUCUUUAUAAGAAAUAUUCUCUACAUCGAACCUGCCAACACAAGUGUAUCGACGAAGUCAAGAAAAGAGUUAAUUCAACUGGAUAAUUUGCCGUUAAAUGUCAAUAGAGAUGAUAUUUCCAUUAGUACAGUGCUAUCGACAUUUAAAAAGAACAAAAUAUUGGUAUUUUUAUUAACUAUAUCAGGUUCACUCGGAUCUGAAUUUGAUAGACAAAUGUUUGGUUCUUGCUGUCUCGAAUGCAUAUAUUUAAUAACGAGGGGUGUUAACCCAGAGCUUAUUGUCAAGGGCAAAGCUGAAAAUAACGAACAAGAGAGAGCUGUAAAUAAUGGAAAGAAUGUUGAUACUGAUGUGACUGGUCGUUCUGCAACCACGUCUUCAGGACUAGAACUUCAACACUUGUUGAAUAAAGAGACUAAAAGAAAGCAGCUCCAGAAUCUGAGCGUUUCAACUAGACAUGGGAGAUUUGGAUCUCUUAUUUCGAUUCGAGGUGAAGAAGAAUCAAUUGUAGUUUCUGGUCAAGAAGCUUUAUUGAGCACAAGCAGAUCAAUUGAAAAAGUCGACAGCACAAAGAAAUGGCAUUCUAGAUCUACUUUCAAAUAUGAUUCCGAUGAAUACGUACAUAAGGAAUCUAUUAACCUUAUAACUACUUCAAGCUUGCUUAUAUUGAGAGAAUUUUUGGAUCAAUUCCUCGCGAGCGGAUGUUUCAAUAAUUUGAUUGAAUGUAUAAGCUGGAUUCUUACAUCGAACGGAGAUUUAUCCUAUACUGAUGCAUAUGAAAGAGCAACUUACUUUUUAGUUGUUGCAUGGUUUUUCGAGUACAAACGUGAAAAGGUAGUGAACAUAGAUGACCAAAUUGUGUCUUCUGAUGAUGAAACUGGUUAUGGUUCAGUUGGAGCAGGAUUGAACGAAACCAAUUUUGUUCUUUUAUUAAGCUAUUGUAGACUAUCUUACCUUUCCAAGGAUUGGAACUCUCUUCAUGUAGCAAUGGUAUGCUUGAGAGAAAUGUUGUUAAUUUCUUUGAGGAUCUUUAAGUCAAAGAAUACGGAAGAAACCAAUGAUGAAGAAGCUCUUAGUGAUAGAGAAUUAGCUGAAGGGAUUAUUCACAAAUUAUUUGAAUCUAAAUCAUUCCUUGACUUAAUUAUAGAUAUUCCUAAAACUGCUGCUAAACAUUCGCCCGAUUAUUUGAGUGUUGUCGUUUCAGUAGUACACAUUGUUUUGAAAACAUUUGAAAGCUUUGCAAAUGAAGAUAUUGCACUCUACAUUACUACUAAGAGAAAGCAGUCAAAAAGAAAGAAGAAAAGCCAAGUUAAUCAAGAAGAUGAUUCCACUGAACUAGAGGGGAGGUUAAAUGACAAUGGUCUUGAUCGUAAUACCGCUGCUCAGUUUAGAGAUCUUAUUGAUGGGUCUGAUGACGAAGAACUGAUUAACAACCAUGCAAAUAUUAUAUCCAGAGAACGUAAAUUAGACUUUAAGGAUACUGAACUCAGAUUUUUUCAUCCUGCAACUGUCACUACUUACAUUGAAUAUUUAUCCAGAUUUCAAGAUUUAACUGAAGAAGAGAUUUUGAAAACUAUUUGGUAUUUUCACAGAUUGUUUGUCGUUAGAAAAGAUUACACUAAUUUGUACAGAUUGGAUUUCAUGCAACUAUUGUAUAAAUUGAGAUCCAGCUUAUCAAAGUCGUCCAAAACUUGGGAGCAAGUUGAUGAAUUUGUAUAUUAUUUCUUUAAAAAAUUCAAGAAGGCAAUGACAAGACUCCCUAUGGCAGUUGAACUCUUAUUCCCUAGAUUUGAGGAUACUGAAUAUAAAACCUACCUUAGUACUGGUGAUCUUUAUAUAAAACCUGAAAAGAAAUCAACCAGAAAAGCACCUAGAUUGGGGAAAGAUCUUGAAUUUGUUCGAAACUUCAGUUUAGAUGAUAAAUUCAAGAUUAUUGUGACAAUUCUCUUACAGCAGGAAAAGGAAAGCUUUGUGAAAUGGUUUGUCAGUGAACUAGAAAGGAUUGUCCAGAAGAGAAUAUUCAAUGGCGAAAACAAUGAUGAAGGUGAAUAUGAGAAUGUAUCAACCAUGUAUUUACAAGCUGGCGAUGAAUUCAAAAGGUUUUUAGUUGGUAAUUCAUAUGUUAGAGUUUUGUCAUCAUUAGUUGGGUUUGAAUUGCCAUAUAUAGUAGAAGAAACUUGCUCGCUUCCCCCAUCCGUUAAAUCCAGUUCUUUAGUUCAAAGCAUUGAAUUGAUUAAGAAGUGGAUAGGCUUACAGCCAGUGAUCUUUGACGAUGGAAAAGAAGCUUCCUUCUUUUUAAGGGUGAAGGAAAACUUAAAUGAUGAAUUUGACGAUGUAAUCAACUAUGGGGAUGCUGAAUAUGAUAUAUAUGACGAUUCAAUUGCUUUUGAGACUAAGCCAAAAGAAAAUACUGAAGGUGCUUACAGCAAUGAUUUGGAUGAUUUGGAUAGAUUGGAGGAAGGUUUGACCAGAGGUGUAGCUAGAGUAAAGAAAAGAAAGGACAAGCAGGUGAAGAAGGUUCCAAAGAGAAGAGAUCCUUCCCGUCGUCGCCCACCGAAGUUCAAUGUUAACUCUGAUGACGAAGCUUCUAGUAAAGUCUCAAAAUCUUCAGAAUUCGUACGUGAUUCGGAUGAUGAGUCUGAUGAUGAAUUGGAAAGUGAGUUCUUUGCCAGGGAGGAAAGACUUAGAAAAAUGCUAGAGGAAUCUGGAGGUAUUGUGAAUCCAUUGCAAUUGGAGCAAUUCAAAAAGGCUUGGACAAGUCUUGAAUCCAGCGGAAAAGCUGCACCUAGCACUGUAUCUAAAGCAAUUGAAUCUACUUCAUUCGUAACCAAAGAUCUUGGUGAUAUUACGGAUGUAGCUUUCGAAGAGGAAGAGGAAGAGGAGGAGGAAGAUUUCCUCGGCGCUUCAGAAAGAGAUGCAACUAGCUCCAAGAGCACAACUCCUGAUUUUGCAGAAGAACUGAAUAAUAAAAGGGGCCCUUCCGUAGAUGAAGAAAACCUUUCUAGAAAAAAAAAGAGGUUAGUUAUAGACGAUGAUGAUGAGUAA